CUUGCCGGCCUCGCGAUUCUCGCACCCCUCGCGACUGCUCAGUCUUCUUCACCGAAACGAGGCCUUGUCUAUGUCCCGUCUCAAAACCAAAAGUUCGCCAGCGACGACAACAUCUGGACUACCGGCGACCUGACAUGGUACUACAACUACAAGCCCGAGCCGUCUGACGCCUACAAGAACAACAAGAAUCUUCAAUUCGUGCCCAUGCUCUGGGGUGCCUCGGACAGUGACACUGGCACACCUUUCUACGACUCAGUCAAGAGGCAAAUCGACGGCGGCGCAAACAUCAGCUACGUUCUUGCUUUUAACGAGCCCGACGGCCCUCACUCAACUGGUGGAUCGUCCCUCCCCGUUGACCUGGCCGCCGCACGCUGGAAGGCCGAGAUCGAACCGCUCAAGAAACUCGGCGUCAAGCUCGGUGCUCCCGCCGUCACUGGUGCCGCCAGCGGUUGGGCGUGGCUGCAGAACUGGUUCACUGCGUGCGAUGGCGGGUGCACACCCGACUUCAUCCCCGUGCAUUGGUACGGCAACUUCGAGGGCAUGGCCAGCCACAUCGGCCAAGUCAUGGCUACAUACCCCAACAUGACUGUCUGGGUCACCGAGUACGGGUUCCCUAACCAGGACCUCAAGGCGACGCAGGAGUUUUACAACAUGAGCAAGAACGCCAUGGACGGAUGGGACAACCUCACGCACUACUCGUACUUCGGCGCGUUCCGCAGCGAUGUCUCCAACGUUGGUCCCAACUCGGCUAUGCUCAGCCAGGACGGAAAGCUCACCGACAUCGGCUCGUGGUACAUGGGCGGCGUCGCUACAAACGUUGUCCCCAAGAGCGCG